CAACGGAUCGGUGGGAGAAGUACCUAGCCAAGGUGUGUCAGGAGCUGAACAGUACCUGGGCCUGGGAGCUGGAGCAGAAGGGCUACCAGGAGAUGUCCAUGGAGUGCAAGUCCAGCAUCCUGAAGGUCUGAGUCCAGUUGAUUUGGUUUUGAUCAAAGUCCUCCUCAGAACCUUAUGGUUCUUUUUUCAUGAUCUACCUUCAUAUUGGGAAUAUUUCCAGAGUUCCAGGUCCUUCAAGUCCAUAGAGAACGUCCCCAGUUGUCAGUAGGUCUACUCUAGAACUUUCUCCAGUUGUCGGUAGGUCUACUCUAGAACUUUCUCCAGUUGUCGGUAGGUCUACUCUAGAACUUUCUCCAGGGGACAUUCUCCUUUCCUGCUUCCAGUCUUUAAGUUUAGUCUCUCUUAGAACAUUCCAGGUCCUUGAAGUCCAUAGAGGUGGUUCCAGAUUUAUCGUUUUUUUUUUAAUAUUUUAUUUUUUGCCUUUUUUCGAUAGUAGCAGUGAAGGUCGACAGGAAGUGGGGGGAAGACAUGCAGCAAAGGGCCGCGGGCAGGAAUCGAACCCGGGCCGCUGCAUCAGAGACCAGUCCCUGUACAUGGGUCGCUCGCUUAACCUGUUGAGCUAUACAGGCGCCUGGAUUUAUCAGUUUUUAAUGGACUUUUUCAGAACUUCACAUUUUUUUGACCAAUUCUGGCCAAUUUUCAAGUCAUUUUGGACAAUAUUUCAGGUCCUUUUAAACAUUUUUUGAGUCAUUUUUGAAAGUUUUUGUCAUUUUUGGACACAUUUUUAAUGAUUUUGGGACAGUUUAGUGUAAUUUUUUCAUCUUUUAUCAUUUUGAACAGUUUUUGAGACAUUUUGGACAGAUAUUGAAAAAUUUAGGAUGAUUUUUGAGUAACUUUAACCAAAUGUCAUGUAACUUCACCAGUUUUCACUAAAAAACACAUCUGAGUUCUGAUUAAAACUGACCCCAGAUCAGUUUUACAUCCAUCCGAGUGUCUCAGUCUGAACACUGAACUGUGAUCAUCAGUAUUAUGGGAUGUAUCGUAGUGUGAACAGAGUGAAUGGUGUCUCUAGAUGAUCGUGGUUUCUCUAAUAGUUCUGACCAACAUUAAAGUUCACCCAGAAAGACCUUUUAAAGUUAUCUCUGGUGGAUCAUCAGGAACCAGAACCAGAUCCAUGGAACCAAUGACUGUUUCUAGGACUCUAAACUGUGUUUAUCUGCUUUUCCUUCAGUAUCUCUGUGAGUGUCAGUUUGACGACAACCUGAAGUUUAAGAUGGUGGUGAAUGACGAGGAUCCAGAAAAGAUGCGUCUGCAGCCGAUCGGCCGGGACCAGCAGGGCCUGAUGUACUGGUUGCAGUUGGAUCAGGACCAGAACAUCCGGCUGUACACGGAGGAACAGGACGACCUGGAUGGGUCCACCUGGAAGUGCAUCGUCAGGACUCGUAAUGACCUGGCUGAGGCUCUGGAUCUGCUGAAGGCUCAAGUUGACCCAAACCACAGUUAUGAUCAGAACCAGAACCCGACUGGAUCCAGGAGCACCAGCCCCACUCAGAGAGAAGCAGGCGAUGAGGCCGUUGGAUGCAGUGACACGGAACCCUCCAGACCUGCAGAACAACACGAUGACAGUCAGAAGGUGGAACCUGAGAACGAAGAGAAACCUCCAACAGCAGCAGUGAAACAGGAAAUCACUAAAGCUGUGGUGAAAGAAGAGCCGCCGCCUCACAAACCGUCUGUCGUCGACAACCGCGUCAGCACCAUCACCACCGUCAUCAAGUCAGAACCCAAGGACUCCGACACCCCGAAGAACGCUGUGUCGGUCGUCAUGGCGCCCAGCGCUGCUGCAACGAAGCAGGAAGUGAACAGGGAGGAGGACGCGGAGCGAGCAGUCGUCAGGAGCAACCAGCAGGCCAAGAUACCACUGAAGAAGAGGGAGCUGAAGCUGGCCGAGAGCUUCCACAGCAAUCACCUCAACAACAGCAGCAGCAGCAGCAUCAUUGUCUGCAACCCGGCCGCCAUCCAGAACAAAGACGGGAAGGUGCCCAACUCACUGGUGCCUCCCGGAGGUCCGACCGCCUUGCAGCAGCAGCUGGUGGCAUCGAGACCAGAGCUGACCAACGGUAGAACGUCGGUGCUGCUGCCGCACAAAGACGGGCAGAACGGCGUCAUCGGGGUCAUCGGGCAGGUCGGUGUCAUCGGUCACAUUGGCGUCAUCCGGAGUCCGUCUGAGUGCCACAGAACCUCCGGCAUUGAGCAGCAAGAACUCAACGGGCCCAUCUUGGGCCUUCGGAGCUCCAGAACCCUGGAGGAGGACAGGGAGGUGAGCCGGCAGUCGGUGCUGGUGAGGAAAGGACUCGCUGAUCCUCCUCCUGCAAUGACCAAAACUCCCAGAAAACCACCAUCAUCCUUAAAACCUGAUCAGCCUGAAGACAGUACAGUGGAGGCCAUUUCCUCACAGUCCACAGAGGAACCCAGAAGACCAGCGGCAGAAGAUCAGACUGAAAAGACGAUGGAAGAACAGUCAGAUAAGGAGAAGAAAAGUCCUCAACAGGAGGAUGAUGAAGGCGAGGAGACAUCCAGACAACGUGCUGCCGAAGCAGGAAGUAAAGAGGACAAUGAAAAGAAAGAAAAUAUGGAGGAAGAAUCUGGAGACGCUGUUCCACCUCAAAAAGCAGACCAGAAGGAUCAGAAGGCUGGAGGGGUGAACGGCGGUUUGGCUGUCCAGAUUCGGCUGAAGGACUCUGGAUCAGAGGAGAGGAAAGGUCUGCUGGAGGAAGCUUCAUCUGAGCUCCAGAAAGAAGGAAUCAGGCUGAAGAUAAAGAUCCCUCCUCACCGGAGAAACAAGUUAAAGAAGGGAGGGAAGGAGGAGGAAAAGGAGAGACAGCAGGAGGCACAGGAGGAGGGGAGGCCACUGAGGAGAUCUGCAAGGAUCUGCAGAUCAUCUGCUUUGCCAACCUGCAGGCCGAGCUCGAAGGCGGCUGAGAGCCAGAGAAAGAAACCUCCGAGAAAACAGGCUCAGCCGGCCAGAAGGAGGGAGGAGGAGGAGGACGAGGAGGACGAGGAGGACGAAGAGGAGCAGAGCUCAGCUACAAAGAAAGACAGAAGAGCUGGACCUGUGGGGCCGAUGAAACGAAGGGGUAAACGGAGGCACCGCCGUCCUCGAUGGUCCAACAUCCGAACAAAGAGACGCAAACCCAACGAAGAUGAGUCGGAGCGAGUCAGGAAGAGACAUGAGGAGGACAGUGAAGGAGGCAGCGUGUCUGAGGAGGACUCGUCUAAGUCAGAGGAGGUUCCCAGUGAGGACGCCUGCACCCACUGUGGUCUACCCAACCACCCAGAGCUGAUUCUGCUGUGUGAUUCGUGUGACAGCGGAUACCACACCGCCUGUCUGAGGCCGCCGCUCAUGCUGAUCCCAGACGGAGAAUGGUUCUGUCCACCGUGUCAACAUAAGCUGCUGUGUGAGAAGCUGGAGGAACAUCUGCAGAACCUGGACAGCGCUCUGAAGAAGAAGGAGCGAGCAGAGAGAAGGAGGGAGCGGCUGGUGUACGUCGGGAUCAGUGUGGAGAACAUCAUUCCUGAGGGAGACGAGGAGGAGGAGAAAUCUGCCAGGAAGAAAGAUCCUAAAAAGGGUAAAAACCUGGGGAGGAGAUCGACCAGAACAAGGAAACACAUCAGCUACAGGUUUGAUGACUUUGAUGAUGCCAUCGAUGAGGCCAUAGAAGAAGAUUUCAGGGAUCUGUGUGGAGGAACUGGGCAGGGCAGAGACAUCACUUCCAUUCUAUCAGAGGACGGGAAGGAGAGCCAGCGACCAAUCAGAAGCCAGACUCACGCAGCCAGGAGGAGGCGGAGACUGAACGACCUGGAGAGCGACAGCACGGCGGUGGACAGUGAAGACGAGUUCCUGAUCAGCAACAGCUCUGAGGACGAGGAGUUCGGUGCCUCGGCGGCCGACGAUGACGAGGAGGAGGAUGAAGAUGUCGGCAGCGAUGUGGGCAGCUGGGACAGCAGGACACGCCACCACCGGGCUAUGAAGGCAACAUCCAAACACAAACCUAAGAGAAUACAACGAAGAGGCAGGAAGAGGCUGAGACAACGACGAAGACGCUCCUCUGAAGAGGAGGAGGACAGCGAUGAAGAGAUGAACUCAGAUCAGUUCAGCGACAUGACUGACAGCGAUGCGGACAGGAAGAGGCAGGGCCUGAGGCGGGGCCAGCGGCAGCAGGUCAACUACCGCGAGACGUCCGAGUCUUCAGACAACUCCAGAACAUCCACCCACAAGGAGAAGCCCAAACCCCGCGGCCGGCCACGCAAGCAGCAUCUCUCCAGCGACUACAGCGACGCUUCACCAUCCACCAGAGACUCGGAUGAGGACGAUGACGAUGAGGACAACCACAGGAGGAAAAUAAACCAGAGAAGGAGAGACGAUGAAGACCUCUACAGAAACCGGACAAGAGGGAAACGAAGGAGGUAUGAAGACGAGGAGGACGAUGGAGAAGGAGGACGGCGACUGAAGAAGAGGCUGUCGGAGGAGGAUGCAGACCGGCGGAGGAGGUUAAAGAGGACGGACCAGGAGGACGAAGACCUGGAGAAGAUGGGUCGAGGGAAGAGGAGGGAGAUGCUGUCACAGCAGCGCCGUAAACGCCUCGCUCUGAUGCUGAAGAAACGGCGGCCAUCGACGGACGAAGAGGACGAGUCGGAGGAGUCGGAGUCGUCCUCAGAGGAGGACCGGCCGGUCCGCAAAAGACUCAACCGGAUUGACUCUGAUGAUGACGAAGAGGAGGAGGAGGACGGGAGGCAGAAGAGCAGGAAGUGUUUGGAGAGGAAGGCCGACUACAAGACCGACAGCGACACUCAGGAAAAGGUGAGGGGCCGCAGCCUGUCUCCGUCUAACGGACAUCGGACCUCCAGAGGCCCUAUGAAGCCUGGGGCUGAGAGUACCACUGUGCCCAGGGACAGUGCUGCUUCAGGCAGGCAGGGCCGGCACAAUGGCCCCCUACAGCCAGAGGAGGAAGAGGAAGAGGAGGAGGAGGGUCAGACGGACGCUGUAAACUCAGCGCUGAACACUCUGCAGUCAUGAUGGCUGCUGGUGUGAAGAACAUUUCUUUGCUUUUCACCUCUGAACCCUCCACUUCCUGUCUUCUUCCUGCUGUCGUAUUGUGGUAGAGUGCAGUCCAUCAUUAGAACCUCACAGUUACCUUCUCCUCCAUCAUUAGAACCUCACGGUUACCUUCUCCUCCAUCAUUAGAACCUCACGGUUACCUUCUCCUCCAUCCCCUCUGAACAAUGCGAAGGCCGAAGCCUCCCGAACUUCAUGCUCACGGACACGAUUCCCGACUUCCUCCUGAAGGUCCCACAGCGAUGAGUCGGCCUCAGGAGUUAGUUUGUAGUGUACCUCGUUCUAUGUUCUAAAGCACUUCAUCAUUCUCAUAGCACUUAACGAGCCGCCGCCGAGGAGGCAUCUGACCGAACGCUGCACCUGGACCGGAUCUGAUCCACCACAGAACCCGGUCAGUCAGUCCAGACAGCAGUAAAGUCCCUUUAGGGUAUGACUACUCACUGUUUUGGUAUUUUAUUCUCCAGGCAUUUAGAGAAGAGUGAUUCUGAUGAGCUAAAACCCUGAUUCAUACCCUGAUGGCUGCUGCUGGCCUUUGAAUGACAGGAAUAUCUGUAGAACCUUAAAGAUGAACUUACCUGCAGAGCUCUCUUCAUCCACCUGGUUCUAGCAGCUCCAUGAGGGGUGGUUCUGAUCCAGAUGUUCCAGCAGUGUUCGCUGUCAGACCCUCGGCCGGCGGUUCAUGUUUGCUGUACAUAGUUUGCCUGUACGCUGUUCCUGUAAGAUAAUAGAUGUUCUGUUCUAUUAGUCCUCUUGUAAAAUAUAGUGUUCUAUUUUGUAUAUGAAGGCGAGGAGAGAUGCUGCUGAGGACGUGGAGAUGAUCGGCUUCCAGCUUGUUGUGUUUCAGAUCUUUCAUUUGUGGAUAUUUACGUAUAAAUUCGACCAAACCUAGAAAAGUUCCCCUUGACCUCCUCAGAAUCUGCUAAUCAUUGAUCUAAAGUAACUUUAGUUUAUUUAAUGAAGGUAAGUUUGACCUUCAGACUGAGAAUGUUUUCAUUUUUGAGGCUCAAAACUUUAUAAGUAGGUACACACGAAGUUCUCAGGCUGAAACACACAUUCCUACUGUCAAGCACGGUGGUGGCAGCAUCAUGACGUGAAGCACGGUGGUGGCAGCAUCAUGACGUGAAACACGGUGGAGGCAGCAUCAUGACGUGAAGCACGGUGGAGGCAGCAUCAUGACGUGAAGCACGGUGGAGGCAGCAUCAUGACGUGAAGCACGGUGGAGGCAGCAUCAUGACGUGAAACACGGUGGAGGCAGCAUCAUGACGUGAAGCACGGUGGAGGCAGCAUCAUGACGUGAAGCACGGUGGAGGCAGCAUCAUGACGUGAAGCACGGUGGAGGCAGCAUCAUGACGUGAAGCACGGUGGAGGCAGCAUCAUGACGUGAAGCACGGUGGAGGCAGCAUCAUGACGUGAAGCACGGUGAAGGCAGCAUCAUGACGUGAAGCACGGUGGAGGCAGCAUCAUGACGUGAAGCACGGUGGAGGUAGCAUCAUGACGUGAAGCACGGUGGAGGCAGCAUCAUGACGUGAAGCACGGUGGAGGCAGCAUCAUGAUGCUUCUGCCAGCAGCCCUGGAAGGUUGUACAGUUAAAAGAUACCAGUGACUCUACGGACUUCAAGGACCUGGAACUCUGUAAACAUUCCCAGUAUGAAGGUAGAACUCUGAUCAUUGAUAAAGUUACUGGAGGUUCUGAGGAGGUUGUAGGGACGGUACUGAUUGGUUGUUGUGAAGUGGAGCAGCUUGGAGUUUGUUUAUCAGUAAAAUGUCAUCAAAAGUCUGAAGAAUCUUCAUUCUUCUGAUGGAGGAAUGGAACACUGAUCGUUCACUGAUGAACUGAACUCAUCUCUGUUCUGCUUUAAUCGGUUCCUGAAGAUGUUCCACUGAUCUCCUCACACUCUGAACUGAAGUCUAAGCUUCAUUUUAGUCUGUCUGUCGGUUGGAGGUUUGUUUCUAGCGCAAGAUUCUGACCUGAACAGAGGCUGAUUAAAGUUUGGUCUCAUUUAUUUCUCAACACGUUUAAGUACUAACCUGCUGUAGAAGAUCUCCACUGAUCAUCCAGUUCUCUGGUUCUCAUGUAGAAACCUGCAGAAAUGAUGGAACAAUUGGCAAAAUAACUCAACGCUGCUGAUUGUUAGCCAGAGAGAAAAUAUAUUCAGAAAAAAUCAUUUUGUACAAGUUUAGAUAGAAAAUAUCCACAAAGUAUGAACAGAACCAACACCAGGUUCUUCAAUAAAUGAGUUAUUGAUCUCCUCUGUUUUCUGGAGAACCUGUAGUGCUCAAAAUCCAUUUAAAGAUGGCUUUGAUUCAAUGAGUUUGCAUUUCUUUUCUGUUUUUAAAGCAUCCUGGUGACUUCUGAUGAGUCCCAGAACUAAAGCGUCCAACCAGACGGAGAUCUUGUUUCAUUAGAAAAACCAGCAUUCAUUUAGAAACUGCUAGAACAUUCAGAGGAUUCUGAUCAGAACUAAUGACGCUAACAGACCCAGUCGUCUGAAUUAUUCCACAUAAAACCAAUCAAACCUGAACAAAGUUCCCCCAGAACCUCGUCAGAACUUUAUGGAUCUUUAUUAAUCCUGACCAGAGUUCUACCUUCAUACUGUGAAUACUUCCAGAGAAUGUUCUAAGUGAGACUCCAGUUGUCGGUAGGUUUACUCUAGAACUUUCUCCAGGAGACGUUCUCAUCCAUGGACUUCAAGGACCUGGAACUCUGGAAAUAUCCCCAGUCUGAACGUUGAACUCUGAUCGUUGAUAAAGUUACUGCAGAUGAAGAACCAGAAGGUUCUGAGGAGGUACUGGCGGGAGGUCUUAUCAGGUUCUAGUUGGUUCUAUGUUGAAUAAUCAGAGUUUCUGUUCUUACAUUGUAUAGAAAAGUGUCUUCUAGAAUAAAAAUGUAUUUUUCUAGAUUAAUUUCAUCUGGAAAAAGCAAACAGAAGAGAACCUGUGACAUGAGGAGCAGUUCUUCUUCCAUUCCAUCUGAACUGUGGUUUUCGUUGAUCCAGAGUUUCCAUGAAGGUCAUUUAUCAGUCUAAGGUUUAAGGACUGAUGUUCUCUCUUUUACCAUUCUGUGUUGUAAUGAUCAGAACUCAAACAUCGACUUCAUCAGUCUGUAGAUCAGGAACAUGACCCAGACCAGCUGAUUCUUGAAGAAAGCUUUUGGUUUUUAGUGGACUAGAUCUGAUCUGUAGAUGAAGCCUCAUUAUUAAAUGUUCUUUCAGGUACUUCCUGUUUAACUUCAGUGUAAACUGGGACUUUUGGAGACCCCCCUGAGAUCCUUUGACAACUAAAGAGUUAGUUGUCCAGCAUCCAGGCAGGAGAAGCUCUGAAGAUUUAGAUGGUCCUUCAUCUCUGUUGUACUGUUCUUGCAGUUCUGCUGUAACAAAUGUUUUCUAAGUUAUUAAACCAACAUCCAGCAUCUCCUCAA